ACAUCUCCGCUGCCCUCUUUGCUCAUCAUGCUGCCUGCGGCCGGUCUGGGGCUCUGCCUCAUCCUCUCCCUCGUCAGGAGCAGCUUCCAAGGAGGAUUAAAGCCUCAGCUUCACUCUGGAGGGAGUUCUGUCUACCAGCCGGAGUAUGUGAGAGGAGCAGGGGCUGCACAGCCAGGAAUUCCUGGGCCCCUGGGAGCCAAAGCAGGGGGAAGUUACCCGCAGGUUCCCUCUCAGGGGUAUCAGCAGAGUCCAUCCAGUUUUCAGAAUGGUUACGGAGGACUCGGCGCAAAACCUGUGAAACCCGGUUACUCUGCACCUCAGCCGUCCUAUGAAAAUGUUGCAGGUCUUGGGCGAUUUCCACAGUCUGCCAAACGUAAACCAGCAGGUUAUGGAAAUGGAGCAGGAAGUUUUCCAAGUAGCCUUGGCCAGAAAGGAUUUUCUGGAAAACCUUCCAAAGCAGGUUAUGGAGCUGGCAGUUACCUGAAUGCUGGGGCACAAACAGGUUAUGGAGCUGGAAAUUACCCAAAUCCUGCAGCCCAAGGAGGAUAUGGAAACGGAGCAGGAAAUUACCCCAGUAACCUCCCCCAGCAAGGAUUUUCUGGAAAACCUUCCAAAGCAGGUUAUGGAGCUGGCAGUUACCCGAAUUCUGGGGCACAAACAGGUUAUGGAGCUGGAAAUUACCCAAAUCCUGCAGCCCAAGGAGGAUAUGGAAACGGAGCAGGAAAUUACCCCAGUAACCCCCAGCAAGGGUACGGAUCAAAACCAUCCAAAGCAGGUUAUGGAGCUGGAAAUUACCCAAAUCCUGCAGCCCAAGGAGGAUAUGGAAACGGAGCAGGAAAUUACCCCAGUAACCUCCCCCAGCAAGGGUAUGGAUCAAAACCAUCCAAAGCAGGUUAUGGAGCUGGGAAUUACCCUCAGGUUGGAUCCCAAACAGGUUACCCGGUAAAGUCUUCUAAAGCAGGUUAUGGGGCUGAAAGUUACCCCAGCCCUGUGAAUCAAGGAGCAGGAUAUGGAAAUGGAGCAGGGAAUUACCCCAGUAACUUCCCCCAGCAAGCAGGCUAUGGAAAUGGAGCAGGAAGUUACCCCAGUAACAUCCCCCAGCAAGGUCUUGGAACAAAGCCGUAUAAAGCAGGUGUGAAGUCUGCAUUCGGAGCCUAUCAAGGGCCAACUGGUGAAAACUCCAAACGAGGUGCCCUGGGGCAGUUUCCAUACAAAUCUCAGUCUCCUCCGGCGGACAGUCUUGGAUACGACCCCAAAUCUGUGAAGGCAGGAGGAUCUCAGCUUCCCUACAAUCCUCAGGCAGCGUUCCCUGACCCCGCCGCCGCAAAAUACGCUGCCGCCUCUCAGAUCCCGUACGGAGGGGAGCCGCUCUCGCCAAACGCCAUGGAGGAGGAGAUCAGCCCAUCUGCUCCUGUAGAAGGAACUGAAAGUGUGGCAGUGGGGGGCACGGCUCCCCCGAUCACGACCGCUUCGCCCAGAACCCCGAAAACCAAAGCCUACAAAGACGGAUACCAGCAGCUGGGAAACAGACAAGGCUCCUGGCCUUACGCUCCUGAGGAGUCUGCGCAUGGUCUGAAUGGCUUCUAUGGCAAUGGCUACAGAGGUUGUGCUGGGAAAUGCUGACCUUUACGUGUGACCCUUAACCCUUGUGCUGCGGAGCGUGUCGGUGCGGGGUUUGGAUGUAUAUAUAUAUGGGAAGGAAAGGGUGUGCUGUGAAAACAUCAAUAAACCAAAAGCCACAGAAA